AUGGCCCUUCUGGGGACCCAGCCAUGGCGGCCAUGGAGCUCCUGUGCCAAACGCCUUCGUUUCGCCAUGCUCGCAACGCUCGUGCUGGGAUCGAUGACCAUGGUCAAACGUCAUGGAACUCGUCCUUGCCUUGUGGCGGAGAUGUCCAAGGAGUUCCUGUCCUUUGAAUCCCUCCUGCGCCAGCGUGGUGCGGUUCUGGACGGGACCAAGGCCAUGCAAGUGUCAGACCGGAGUGCUGGUCUCGGAGUGGCAGUGUUUGCUCAGAAAUGCUUCAAGGAAGGUGAGCUGGUCCUGCGUGUGCCAAGCUCUAUGUGUUUGCAGAUCCCCUUGGUCGCAUCACCAGCGGUCCCUGCAGCCCAGCUUGCGAAGAAGCUUCUGGAAGAACGCAGCCGAGGUGCAGCCUCAACAUUUUCUGAAUACAUCCAGCUGCUACCAGCACUGCCUUCACUGCAUCCCUUGCGACACGAGUGGCCAGAGGACAUGUUGUGUGGCAGCCUGCGGAAGUUCUACAUGGAGGCCAAGCCAUACUUCCAAGGCACUGGCACUUCUGCAUCUGCCGCUGCAUAG